CGUAAAGCAUUUGAAAGACACGCUUUUCAAACAAACACGAUAUUUGCUGGGUAAACGAGGCUCCCGUGGAAACGCAGCGUGUAGGAACCAUUGUUUCCAGUUUGCACCGGGGAGUGUUCUAAUCGGACGUGUUUCUGUUUCUAUGGUAACCGGUGACGCCGCCUCACAAGAAGGGAAACGAGCAUUUUGUAAAAGAAGGAAACCUGAAGUUAAUUAUAUUUGAGACUCGGCGGGGAUUCUGUUUGCAAAUCAAAGACAGACCAUGGCGGCCAGUCUGCCCCAGCAGGACAUGCUCGACCAGGUGAAUCAGCUGUGGUCCAUGCUGGACGAUAUGUCCCAGACAGACCCGGAGAGCUACCAGAAAUUCAUCAAGCGCCACCUACAGGAAGGUGUAGAGCAGUGCGCCCCACCUGCGCCUCACACCUGUCUGGAGACGAGAAUAUUGGAUCCAGAGGAGGGUGUGCUGUAUAUUAAUCUGUGUGGCUGGAGCCGGGUUCCUGCCCCUAAGUCUGACUCAGAGCCUGUCCCCCUGAGUGCUGGCAAGCUGGAGCAAGUGGAUGAAGGCAACGAGAGGUACAAGCUGAUGAAUGUUGCGUAUAACCCCAAGGUCCUGAAGCGCGGGGAGGAAGAUGGCAUUGAGAUGGACCAGCUGAUACGGCUGGCUAUGAAGUACAUUGAGCAGGAGUACCAACUGCGCCUGACUCAUUCCUACAAGCUCGCCAGCUACAAACUGAAAGGAUGUGCCACAAGAAUGAAGCAGAGUCUGGCUGGACCAGCCAAGACAAAGCCCCAAACUGCAGAGUCGGGAGGCUCACUGCUUCAGCAGAUCAGCUGUCUUCGUGUUAAAGGAGAGCCGGAGAGCAGCCCUUCUAUCGAGCUCUUCACUGAGAAGGGGAGCAAGCCCAGGAAAGCUGGCUUCAUCGAGGUGCUCUCCAGCACAGAGCUAGAGCCUGCUCCUGUCCAAACCCCAAGCUACCAUCUCUCAGUUAGCAAGGAUGAGAACGGGAGAGCUACGAGAAUCCAGCUGAACGUCCACCUGCCAGAAGUGAGCUCGGUUUCAGAAUGCGAUCUCUGUAUUUCACAGGAUGAUGUCCUCAUUGAAGUACCGGACAGGUACCGCCUUCAUCUGAACCUGCCCGAGUCCGUCCAUGAGGAUGUAGUCACUGCAAAAUUUAGCCAAAGAAGUCGUGUGCUGUGUGUGACAAUGCCCGUCUUAUAAAAUGUGAAUUCUCCGCUGUGUUCGGGACCACUAGGGUAUUUCUUUAGACUUUCUUCACCACCUUUAGAUACACAGAUCCCAACAUGCCGAAACACCCGUCUAUCCAAAGCUGAAUUUCUUAGCCCUUGUUUUUAGAAUUGAAGUGUGCCGUCACUGCUGAGUGUGCUUCUUGAAUGAAUGAAGCAAGGUUCAAGAACACACGACUGCCAAAACUAACCAACACAACCAUUAAUAAUGAGGAAACACAAUGCAACAGCAGAAAUAAUCCAUGAGAACUGGAGCAGUUUAGCAUGUGGGUAACUAUUUACAAAGCAAAAAAUGUUUAAACAUGUUUCACCUGAAAGUGCCUUAGCAUUUCUUUAUAAUAAAUAUAUAUUUCUAAAAAAAUAAAAACAAUGUACAUGGACCAAAUAACUUUUAAUCUUGUUUUUACAUCACCCCUUCACCUGUGCAAUAGGACAUCAACAUUGACAAAUUAGGCCAAAUAAGAAUAUGAAAUUCCAUUACAACAGCAUAAAUAAUGAGGUUCAGUUUGCCCACUGUUUCACAACCAGCAUUGGGUUUGUGCGCAGCCCUGUAAGCUGUGCUAUUGAAACCAAACUGCACAGGAUA